AUGAAGGCGGUAGUGAUCACAAGCCCUGGUGGCCCGGAAGUGCUUCAGUUGAAAGAAGUUGAUGACCCACAAAUCCAAGAUGAUGAAGUUUUAAUCAGAAUUGUAGCCACCGCACUCAAUAGAGCUGAUACCCUUCAGCGGAUGGGUAGUUACGAUCCACCUAAGGGUGACAGCCCGUACCUGGGUCUCGAAUGUUCCGGUACCAUCGAAGCCGUUGGGAAAAAUGUUUCUCGCUGGAAAAUUGGUGACCAGGUAUGUGCUUUAGUUGGUGGGGGAGCGUACGCAGAAAAAAUAGCUGUACCUGCUGGGCAGGUUCUUCCUGUUCCACCUGGUGUUUCUUUGCAAGAUGCAGCUAGUUUUCCUGAGGUAGCUUGUACGGUCUGGUCGACUAUCUUUAUGAUGAGCCACCUAUCCAAAGGGGAAACUUUACUGAUCCACGGAGGCUCUAGUGGAAUCGGAACAUUUACAAUUCAACUGGCUGCAUACUAUGGAGUGAAAGUAUUUGUCACUGCAGGAAGUGAGGAAAAACUAGCUGCUUGCAAGGACCUUGGAGCUGCUGUUUGUAUAAAUUACAAGACUGAAGAUUUCGUUGCACGAGUGAAGGAAGAAACAGGAGGAAAAGGUGUUGAUGUUAUACUUGAUAACAUUGGCGGUUCAUACCUUCAAAGGAACAUUGACAGCCUAAACUUUGAUGGAAGGCUAUUCAUAAUUGGCUUCAUGGGUGGAGUAAAAACAGAAGUAAAUCUUACUGGGUUGCUAGCAAGACGCCUCACAGUGCAGUCUGCUGGAUUGCGAAAUAGGAGUCGUGAUAACAAAGCUCUGAUUGUGAGUGAGGUAGAGAAAAAUGUAUGGCCAGCUAUUGCCGCUGGAAAGAUAAAACCCAUUGUGUACAAGUGUUUUCCGUUAGCUGAAGCUGCAGAAGCUCACCGCCUAAUGGAAAGCAGCAAGCAUAUAGGAAAGAUUCUCCUCCUGACUCCAUGA